UUAAUCACAGCCAAAGCAAAUAUUGUGCACUUUCAAAACAAUUUUCACAGAUGCUGGAAACCAAAACUCAAAAAUGACUGUUUCACAAGAGUGAAAUGUAGCAGAGCGAGAAGUGUAUACACACAGUUUAUACACAUCUACAACACACUUAUUACACAGGUGGUUGUGAGCUGCAUAAUUCAAAAAUAUUCAGCUCCCAAUUAAACAGAUCAGCACAGGAACAUGUGAUCUAACAUAAGCACAUUACAAAACACACAUUAAAUCCUCCACAUCACAACUAUUCAAUUAAGUACCAUAAGUUAACCCAAAAAAAAAAUGUAAUUGUAAUAAGAAGUACAACAUGAAAAGACAAGAUAGAAAAAAAAGAGGAUACAGUAAUAAUAAUACAUCUGUUGCAACACAACAUUAAACAGCCUCACCAUUAUAUUACACCAAGCUGUUUAACCUUUGCAGCUGACUGUCCGUCCGUGCAGCACAGUAGAGUAUAGUAGAGUUAUGUAAAGAAACACAAUGCUGUAAUGUGGGAAAAGUCAGACAGAGCUGGACCGUGGAAGGACACUGCGAUGACUGUGCGCGCUUGUGGCAGCCUCUCACUCCUCUGCGACCAUGUGCUGCUUACUCACACACCAUGUCGGUCACAGACGCUCACAGUUCGCCCGCUCACAAACUCCUCACUUCUUACUGUGAUUGCAGGAUCGUGCACAGUUCAGGCAGCUGUGCACUCACACAGUGAUAAUGCAUACCGGAGUAUGCAGAUACGCUCAAAGGAUUCCUGACAUCUACCUCCUGUGUCCCAAGCAUGUCCUUAUAUGGUCAGAGUGAUCGAUACUCAGCACAUGUUUCAUCACAAGGCUUCUUCAAAACAUCCCGCCCCUCUCCGUUCCCACUGGAGACACAAAGCAGAGGACUGGGAGCUGCUGCUCAUCUCCUCCAGUGAAAUUUUCCCUCUCGCUGCAGCUGCAGCUCAUUCACAGUAUAAGCUCUCAACCUGCUUGGUAAGGAUAUCGUCCCUGGAAGCCCUUUAAACCCCAACCUAAGCUAGUAUUCAUGGUUGGAUUUUCCUCUCAGUCUGGCUGACAAUAAGCCAUGCGCUAUUGCGGCUUCAUAAGGGAGGAAAAGUUCUGUGGAGUUGUCAUACUCAUCCCCCAAAGCCGCCCUGAGGGACAGCAGGGUUUGGGUUCAGCUCCACUGCCUGAGCUAAUGUGGGUCUGCUGUCUGACUACCCGCUCCAACGGUUUGUGCCCGGGCCACCUGCUGAUUCUGCUGGUUUGAAUGGACUGCCUGAAGCCCAGACCUAACCUACAUAGACAACAUGUCUCUCUUCCUAAAUUGUGCUCACACACACACACACACACGCACACGCACAUAAGCAUGACACACCACAGCACAAUGCCAUUUACCUCCCAACCAGAACAAACCAGUCAAGUUAAUACAAUCCUGAAAACUGCACCUCACACAGAGGAAGGCUCACUAAGAGGAUUUAUUUCUUCAAAAAGAGAUAGGCUGUUAAAUAAAGUAUGUGUGUAUUUGGCGAUAGCAAAUUCCCUAUUUGGAUUAUUUCGCCUCCUUCUCAGUGCUGCUUGAUGGUAUUUUUCUUAAUACCGAUAUCCUCUUUCCACCCUGUUUGGUCUUCUAAUUCCCUAAAAAGCCUGAACUUGACAGCAGCCUCACUGUGGCACUGAGCUCCCAAUUCUAUGUGUGUGUGUGUGUGUGUGUGUGUGUGUGUGUGUGUUGUGUGUGUGUGUGUGCGCUCCAAGAAGCAACAGAUCAAAUUAAGGAUAUAAUGAUGCCUGAGCUCACAGAGGAACACUCAUUUUAAUUAAGGCAAUUGUUAUGUCAACCCCUUUCACAUUUUGCCACUGAACUUGCAGAACUAAUGCUGUUUCCACAGGGAUAAAAGUCUUACUUGAAAAUUUUGGACAAAGCUUACUACAUGCUUUGAUCACAUUUUGAAAGUAUUUAUGGUGAACUCAUCCUUUCCCCCCCCCUUUUCUCUCCUCCUCUUUCUCCAGAGUCUGUGAACAGGUGAGAGAGGGACACUGUCUGCCCCACUGUCCAGCGACACCAUGAGCUGGAGCUUCCUCACGCGGCUGCUGGAGGAGAUCCACAACCACUCCACCUUCGUGGGGAAGCUGUGGCUCACCGUGCUCAUCGUCUUCCGCAUUGUUCUCACUGCUGUUGGCGGAGAAUCCAUCUACUACGACGAACAGAGCAAGUUUGUCUGCAACUCGGGCCAGCCAGGCUGCGAGAACGUCUGCUACGAUGCCUUCGCCCCUCUGUCUCACGUUCGCUUCUGGGUCUUUCAGAUCAUCUUGGUGGCGAUGCCUUCUCUCAUGUAUAUGGGCUAUGCUGUCAACAAGAUUGCACGGUUGGAUGAAUCAAAAGGAGGAUGUGGAUCUGCUGCGGUCAGAACAGGAGGAGGGGGCUACACGCACAGGAAGCCCAGGAAAAUGUGCUUCGGAGCUCGGCAGCACCGCGGCAUCGAAGAGACCGAGGAGGACCAGGAGGAUGAUCCCAUGAUCUACGAGGUGCCAGAGAUGGAGCCCCCAAAAAGGCCACGGGACCCACUGCAACCAGCACCCAGACCCAAAGUCCGGCAUGAUGGGCGCAAACGCAUUCGAGAUGAGGGGUUGAUGCGGGUCUACGUUUUGCAGCUGGUGUCUCGCACGGUGCUAGAAGCGGGCUUCCUUGCAGGCCAGUACUUGCUGUAUGGGUUCCGUGUGACGCCCGUCUUUGUGUGCUCGGGGAAGCCUUGUCCUCACAGCGUUGACUGCUUUGUGUCGCGGCCUACAGAGAAGACCAUCUUCCUGCGCAUCAUGUACGGUGUCACUGUCCUCUGCCUCACACUCAAUGUUUGGGAGAUGCUCCACUUGGGGAUCGGUUCCAUCUGUGACAUUCUUCGCCGUCGCCGCUGCCCGCCUCAGGAGGACGAGUACCAGUUGGGUUUGCUGGGCGCCAACGGGGGUGUCGAGGGCUCAGUAGGGGUGGCAGGGCCUGAAGCAGGUUCUGAGGGAGGGGUGGGUGGAGACGGAGCUGCUGAUUACGUGGGUUACCCGUUCUCGUGGAACACUCCAUCGGCUCCACCUGGCUACAACAUUGUGGUCAAACCUGAGCAGAUGCCCUACACGGACCUCAGCAAUGCUAAAAUGGCGUGCAAGCAGAACCGGGCAAACAUCGCGCAAGAGGAGCAGCAGCAAUUUGGUAGCAAUGAGGAUAACUUUCCCACUGGAGGGGAGGCCCGCGUGGCUCUCAACAAAGACAUGAUCCAGCAAGCUCAUGAGCAGCUGGAGGCGGCCAUCCAGGCCUACAGUCAGCAGCACCGGGCAGAGGAGCAGCUUGGGGACAACCAGGACGACAAGCCCCAAAGCAACAUCAUCCAGGCCCAACCUCAGCCACAGUCGCAGCCUCAGAAAGAGCGCAAGCAUAAGUUCAAGCACGGGAAGGGAGGCAGCAGCGGAGGAGGCAGCAGCAGCAACAGCAGCAGCAGCAAAUCAGGAGAGGGAAAGCCCUCUGUAUGGAUUUAACCCCACGGACAGAGACAUGUAUUGAAACCCUGUACAUACAGUAUAUUAGAGAUUGGAUGAGGAGCUGUUGCAAUCUUUCUUGGAUAUUUAAACACCGCUGUGCCUUACAGAAUCCUGCAAGCUGGAGAAGAUGUGUGUUUGUCUACUAAGGUGUGUAAAAAAAAACAAACAAAAAAAAACCGUGAUGUUGCAGCUGACAGUUUGUUUUGUCUGGGCUAUCACUGUCUAACUUGAAACAUCACACCAACACAAACUGUAUUAGGCUACAGUCUGUCGUUUACAUGUCUCAUUCUCCUCAAGUCCUAAAGCAGAUUAUCGACCUCUGUUGUCUUGCCGUUCAUCCUUUCUUAGGGAUUUGAGCUUUGGAAAAUUACUGAAUGAUACUGAGGUCUCUGCAAAUCAGAUUGAUCCCAGAUUUGGCCUGUAGCUCAUUUUCUGGCCGCUGCUCUGCAAAGACACGACUCCAUUAAUACAUAGGCAUCCUAACUCUUGGGACAUGUAAAUACUAUGACAUCAAAAUGAAAGGGAUGCCAUGCCAUCACCAUAGAAAUGACUUGUUAUGACGUAAAGAAACUUCAUUACAACGUGAAUAAUGCAAUAAAAUGAGGCAUAAUUGAGUGGCAGCGCCUAAAGCAGUGACUUCAUAACACAGUGACAGCGUCACCUUCCUGAAGGCUGUGUCCUGUCAAUCAUGUUCAGUGUCUGCUCUCUCUCUCUCUCUCUCUCUCCGGCGUCGAUCACAGUGUUACGUUGCUGUGACUUUGCGUGUUUCUAUAUGUUUCCUGUGUGUGUGUGUGUGUGUGUGUGUGUGUGUGUGUGUGUGUGUGUGUGUGUUUUGAUAACAGUGCUACACCAGCUGCUGCUCAGGAGCCGCUGAGUACAGCAGGUGGCUUUUUAAACAAAAUUUCCUGAAAGAAUUUUUUUGUUUGUUUGUUUGUUUUUUAACAAGGUGCAUAAGUAAUCCAGUUUUUAUACCUUAACUCUUCAGCUUCUCAGUUUCUCUCUCUCUCUGGCUCUUCAUGGCUCUCAAACAAGGCUGCUCAGUACUCCACUGUCGCUCCAUCUGCCUUGUAGUUGACUGCCCCCUGGUGGCUUCUUCUACUUGGGGGGCGGUAGAUACCAGUUGCCAACGCUACCGAUCCAGCAACACUUUAACCAGCUGUGGUGUUCCUUUUCUAAAGCCUUGUGUUAGUCAAGUCUUCCCAGCGCCACGGGUUCAGUGUUUGAUGCGCAAGGCUGCAACAUCACCACCUUGUAAUGGAAAAGGUAUAAAAGCCAUUACUAUAGUAUAGUGAGACCAAACACUGUUUGUGUAAUGCAAGUGUCAGUGCCAAGAUUUUAAUGCCAGGCCGCUGUGAAGCCUGGUUGUUUGUAGCUUUGGAAUACUGUGGCCAUGCUACUCCAAUUGUGGAAAUAUGCCUACGUGAGACCAACCCUUUUGUAAAAGUCACGUUUUUUUUGUUGUUGUUGUUUUUUUAAAAAAAAAAUGUAUUACAGUUAUGUGUAUUGCCUUUUAGAAUGGGAUUUAAAAGAACAAGCUCCAAAACUGAGUCAAUUUUUAUGUUCAAGCCUGUGUUUUAUAUGAAAACUCUUUUUUUCAAGUACAUUUUUUUGUAAAAUAAAGACAAGACAACAAGUUCUUUAAAAAAAAAAAAAAAAAAGAAAUUAUUAACUACUUGUAUGAAUAUUUAUGGUUAUUGUGUUUUAAAUUGCCUUCUAAUUGUAAAAAAAAAUGUGAAAUAUGACAUAGUAUAUUUUUAUAAAAUGUCGGCUACGGUGACUUAAUGACGUCAAGAAAAAAAAAGCCAGACUUUUCCUUGUAUGUUACAGUAUCAGUAUUUAAUGUACGUAGCAACAGUGUUAUUCCUUUUCCAACAUUGCUCUGAGAUCGGCUGAACAGCUGUGUGUGUGUGUGUGGAGACAGAGAAGAACAAGAUGGGACAAACUAUUCAAACUCAUCCCCAGCAUUGCCCCACGUAGCUCUCCAAACAAGCUGAGAUUUCUUCCUCAUUUCAUGAUGGUGAAUUGGGAGGGGGAGAGAAAGUCUGGAAAGCUGGCACUUUCUGUCUUUGGUUUAUCAAACCAUAUGUGGAAGAUCAGCAUCUUUGCCUGAAUAGUGAGCUAGCUCAACAAACCACGUGAGGCUGUGAGGCUUCCUUCACAUGAAAACAUGGUGUACAUUGACUUUCUCUGACUGGUUUGAGCACCAUCAGGCACCACAUGUCUGUUCAACAAGUCCAGGCAGCAGCAGGCAGACAUAAAUCACCAGAAGUACUUCAUCCAGCCACUCCCCAGAGAAGUGAUUGACACUGGCUCCUCUGAUGCCACCAGGAUCCCGAUAAGCCACUGGUGAUUUACUAAUAGUCUCCCAGUCAGAGUCAGAGUUUCAUCCCCUGGAGGCCAGUCAACCCUCAUUAAAUUCUUCCCCAGUGAGCAAAGUUUCACGACUAAAGUUUGUUUAGUCUUGUCUGUUUGAAGGGAAGGCAACAAACUGUAGAGUAAAUGGUUAUCAAGCAGCUGGUGAUGUUUUGUAGUUGGUGCCAGCUGGAGCCACUAGAGGGCGACUUCCUGUCAAAGGAGGGAGCACUUCAGAGCGGGCGAAGAAAGAGUGUUUUGAGAAGGUGCCAUGGGGGUACUCAAAGACCCCAUCUGUUUAAAGUCUGCAUGACUGGCAGCUUGGCCUUACAUCUACACAGCUAUUCUAGGUUAUGUGGCUCAGACAUGUUUUUUUUUGUUGUUUUUUUUUUAGAGGGAAAGUAAGGAAUUCAGGCAGCUAUCCAGGUCAAAAGAAUUACCCUGUGGCACAAUUAUGUGUUUGUCUCACCCUGUUCUCUUUUCUCUAUUGAAUGACUGAAAGGGACAGGGAAUAAGUUAGAAAAGAACGUGUGCUCACUGGACAGAAAAUGGCUUUUAUUACCAGGGGAGAUUGGGGACGGUUGCAGCACUUUUUUGCAUUUCUCACAGUUACUCAGAGACAAUUUGAACUAGACCAACCAAACAUUUAUAUAGGCUAUGGAACUUACAUCUGUCUGCUAAUUAGCCAAACCAUUUAAAGAUGAUUACAUAUGACACAUCAUUCACAAUAUAUAUUUAAAUGGAAGAAUUCAGAUGUUACAACUGACCCCAACCCUGGGGACGGUUGCAACAUAUUGAAAAAUACAUUCAAUUUCACAAAUUAACAUGAUUUUUGUCUCAAUAAGCACAGUAUUCUGAAAUAUGCAUUGUUUUUGCAUUGUACAAUAAUAUAGUAUUAUUAUUUAUUCAGUAAUAUUUAUCGAAGAACAGUUAUUGAGUUUUGUUUUAUGUAGAACAUAAAACCUACCUUGAGUGACAAUAGGCACAAUUUAUCCUAUUGCUUAUGAUAAACAGAACAGGCAAAUAUAUUAUAAGACCACGAGUGGCUAACAAAACAACUGGUUUGUGUUCUCUGAUGCUUUAAAAUUAGCUGCAUAUUUUGUGUCUUUUGAACUAAAAAACACACUGUUGUGUGGUCUGUUUUGAUCCGGCUGCUUAGCCUGAGGACAGUUGUAAUAACUUGUUGCAACCAUCCACACCAUGACAGAACAUCGUGUGCUAGCUAGACACACUGACCGCAACACAUGCUAACUACGUCACGUAGAAGUCAACGAAACAAUGAUUCAAACUGAGUAAGUUUGAUUAAUUCAAGGUCAGGACAGUUUGACAGUUUUUUUCAAUAAAUGCAGCAGCGGAUGUUGAAAGUGUUUUCUGUCUUCCUGGUGGGAGGAGGGUCUUACUGAGCAUGUGCAGUGUGAGUGUCAUCACUCCAGCAUGUUUCUGAUUAGAGUAAGAUUUGUUGCAAUUGUCCCCCGUCUCCCCUAAUUUUAUUUGGGUCUAUUGUCCUCUGCAUUUUUGUUGCUGUCCUGUGACAAGCAUGUGUCACUAAAAUAUCACCAGGGCUUUUAAAAGAAACACAGGACAAACCAAAGAGAAAAAAUAUCUGGUUUUCUGAUAGUCUUACAUUAAGUGUAAGCUUUGACCUUUGUGACAGUGCUUUUAUAAGAUAAUAAUAAUAGAGGCAAAUUCUUUGUAUUUGUGAGAAUGCCUAUGCAUUUAAUUCUUCAUGGAUUUUCAGCAAAGAAAAACAUUGGUGUACUGGAAUUAAUUUUUUGGAAUGGAAACAGAUAUGCAUGAUAAAAUCAAUUAAAUUUGUGAUGUUUCACUUGACAGAGACAAUAUGCAUUCUAGCGCCGACACACCUUAAGUUGGGGAAAACAAUGCAGGUGUGAUGCAUCAGGACUGGUGUAAUCAGCGCUUAACAAUGUUGGAACAAUAGUGGGAUAGACAAUUAUUCCUUUGGGAUUUAUCUCUGUGCUGUAUAUUAACACAGUCGGAGAAUUAAAACUGGUUGUGUCAGAUGAAAUCUUUUGUGGGUCUGUUCAUCAGGGAUACCACAACGUCACCCUCAGCAUCUGUCUGUCUACGUAAAAACGUUCAGAGGAAAGAUUGUUCCGAGGCUGUGUUGUUCCCCUACAUGUUUCUUAUAUAGUCACCCAUGUGGGACGUGACAAUGAAACCAGUGGUAUUACCAGUACAAACUCUGAUUCAGAAAUGCAUUUGUGUGUUUGUGUGUUUUUCUAUGCCUUUUUGUAAAAUGUACAUUUCUUUCAGUGCCAUUCUGGUGUCCCCUGGCAAAAUUUUUUUCAUAUUCUUUGAUGAAUACAUUUGAUUUGCAUGUGAAAAGACCUAUUUUCCUACAAAAAAAAUAAAUCAAAAACACAUAUUGAA